AUUGAGCUUGCCCUCCACUUGAACACUCGUUGGUUCACCUCCGCUGAGUAGGACCUUCACCUAUGGCCAAUGACAGACUCCCGGCAGAGGUCAACAAGGAAUUCGAAAAACUUAAUAAACGGGGGAGCGACCUGCCCGUCAAUGGGGGAAUGAAAUCUCAACGGGACCCCCAUCCCGACACGGAACCCCCCCUCAAUCCCUAUAGGUCUUGGGACGAUGCACCGAACCAGGAGACCUAUUCCUCGUUCGGCGAUAAUGGCACAAUAGCAAGUGUUAACAUGUAUGGGGACAUUAUGCAGUUUAGCACAUACCUCGGCAUAGGAUGUUCUGGUUUGUUCUCGGCAGACCACGGAAAGAUACCAAGCCCCUAUUAUGUGGGCCUAAACGACGCAGACGAAUCUGAGCGGUGCUAUGGACUCCAAUUCCCAGAUUUGGAUCUCAGGAAACGUCCUAAGCUGACAUACCUAUACUAUCGCUGGCCGAGAUACGAGUAUAAAACCGAGGAAAUCGAGCUCGCCAUUCAGUGGAUGGUGCACAACGGCAUAGUUUUGCAACAAUGCGUCCUAACUAACCCGAAGGAAGCUGAGGUGGAAGUCAAGUUUCGCUUUCGAGCCAAGAAAGAAUGCAUGUACAUUCGGGAUUCAAACUAUCUCGAUUGGAGUUUGUUUAAUUCUGAAUAUGUAGGCUAUUGGGAGUCAGAACCACGUACACAUGGCUCCUCUUGGGUGCUACAUCACAAACUCGACAAGCCUGAAGUUGAAGCAGGUGCACAGAACGCGGAACCGACAGUGGCCGUUGCGGUUGUUGUUUCCGUAUUCCGUGACGGUAACGCAUUGAAAUGGCCACCUGAACACAAUCCAGACUGGGAAGCGAAGGUAGGAGGGAAGGAAUCUGACAGGAACACCAUUGAAAUCGUUACCGCAUACCGUAUGAUAUCCGUUCCAGAGUCGGGGUAUAGCUGGAAAGAUGGUUUAAUCCCAGCGGGAUCAGUCGAUGUGAACCAGCUUAUACAAGACACUCAAUUUUCCGACCUUUGCAUUGCAGAGGCUUCCAAAAGGCCUGUCACCGAUCCUGUAGGGGUACCGUCAAUUACAUCAUCACCUAUGGAUCAUAUCGAGUUUGCGAUUCGACGACAUCUUGAGCAUGUAUUAUCUGUGUGUUCCAUCCCCUUAUCGACGGCACCAGUGCAGGGCAAGAACCUUACGUAUCCGACGGCCUUGACAUGCGGAGAUAUGUCAGGUCACCGUGUCUGUACUCCUGCCUCCUUCUUUGCAUUCCGGUUCCUCAUUGAAGUCGCACGUAGAUUACAACGGCUUGAUAGUGAGGAUGAAUACGUGAUGUCUCUAAGAGACAGAAUAUCCAAAGUCUGUGUGGGCCAUAUGAAGUGGCUAGAAACGGCAGAAAAGAAACCCGGGUAUUUCACCGCUAACUAUUGGGUUACUGGGAAACAUAUGCACCGUAGUGAAUAUUCGUGGCAGCCGGAUGAUUUCUUUACGAAUUCGGCGUUCCAACUCCUGAAGGUGGGAGAAUGGGCAGAUUUCUACCGCAACGAUCCGGAUUUGGCUCUCACCGUUUCGAAUCUCAAGGAGAGGGUCAUUCAAAAUGUCGGCAACCGAUGGUUCGAUUACUUGAAACAGUUGGAUAAACAUGCGUGUUACGCCUGGCCCCACGACCAACAAGAAGGCACUAAUGUGUUCCGAUUAGACGACAACAUAUGGGUUUGGAGGGCUCUCAAGACCAUAGAAGAUUAUGACUCAUGGUCAAAAGGAGAUGAGAGAAAGAAGAAAUCGAAGCGUCCAGGGGGUAUUCAACAGGAUAUACUUCGACGAUUCACAACUGAGAAUGAAACCUUGAAGAAGCGAAUGCUCGCUGUUACUCGUUCCUCUAGGGAGACCCGGUUCUUGUUACACUCGCGGGAUACAGCACUGUUCUAUGGCCAAGACGGCAAAUAUGACUGGAUUUCGACUCCAGAUCAAGAAGCUUUAUGGGACAACACGCUCAAAUCACAAGGGCUAUAUGAAUUCAACCAGGAUAUGUCCUGGGGCAAUAUACUUCGAUACGCCUUAGGUAUCAUGAUGGGUUUACGGGGAGUGAGCAUCAACAAGAAACCUGCCCCUGAUGUGAUAAGGUCCUGCCUCCAGGUCAUCUUCCGAAGUAUGAGUUUGAGCGGGUUUUGCCCCGGGAUUCUGGAUGAUAAUACGCAAGAACCGGAGAUUUAUACCAGGAAAGAAGAUCGAGAUUACUUCUUCCAUGCUAAUUUCGAAGUCCUGUUCAUCCUCCUCUUUGAUGCCGUUUCCAUCGCCGAAGCACACAAGGCAAAGCCGGCAUCCUCAACUGCUAACACUGGGAGCCCAAAAACAGAAAGACAAGGAGGCCGCCUAAACGGACUUCCGGAGGGAUCUGAUACCCAGCCAAAACGCCAGAAAGUAUUAGAUGAGGGCACAGCUCAAAACUCCGUCUUCAUGAAAAAGACAAUCCCUUUUGGUCGCCUUUUGGAUUGGAGCAAUAUCAUUGAGAUGGAAGAGGAAUGGUUAUAUAACUAUCCAUCCUUCCUGAUGAAUGAUGGAAAAACAAAGGAUGACAUAUAUGCAAUUAUAAAAGGCCAAACUGGAGGGUACACAGAUGCCGAUAUCAACAGACAUAUUGUGGCGAAAGAAGCCAACUAUGUUAUACAGAAUCUUAAUCAAGAUCGGGAUUGGACUGCGAACAACCUGGUCCGGAGAUCACAAGGGGUCGACGUUCAGGGGUCGGAGGGACCCAGAAGAGAGAACCAAAUCGAGAGCUCUUUCAGCCCUUUCGCUACUUUCACCAACCAAGGUCUAUUAGAGAAGCUCUGCGAACCUCGAAAUGCGAAGAGUGCGAAGAAGCGCCUCAUUUGGCUUCAGAUGGCUGACCCCCAGACGGCAUUGAUAUGCACAAUUGGCAGCACGGAGGCAGAACAGCAUGCAAUAUCUCUUUUUUUCCAUCGGCAUCACAAUCACGUGCAAUACUUUUUUGACGACCCAACAAUUAUAACGAAUAUGUGGGAAACAGAACUCCACCUGAGCUUCUAUUUCCUAGCAGAGCAGGAGGGAGAUUCUCUUACUAGUAUACGACACCUAAAUGAAACUGUCUUCCCAAGUGGAGAGAAGAAAAUCAAGAAGACCUCUAUGGGAUUUCGGUUCACUGGAGAUUUCUUCGAUCGCUACUGGACCUGUCAUUUCAUAGAAGACCGAGACAGUUGGGAAUGGAUUCCUCCCUUCCCAUGCAGCGAACGUGAACCAGGCUGGAGACAAAGAAAAAUUCUCGAACUCUACUGGUUUGAACAUAUACUGAAUACAGCAAUCCAACGCACGCAAGAGAUUCUCACUGAAAUCACAACAGGGCUUGAAGUGCGGCAGGAGCAAAAUGCGUUUCCAUUUGCUACUUGGAGCAGUGGAGAUUAUUUCUACUUCGGCGCACAAUGGCAGAGGUACGAGAGUAUUUUGAGAAUUGUCUAUGAAGAGUUAGAAGGUGUGGAGUCAGAGGUGUUGAAGUGGGAAGCUCGUGAGAAGGACCGUGGAAACGAAAAGCCCCGGUGGACUCGGAACGACGAGCGUCGGUACGGAGGGAUCCUCAAGAAGUGUCAACGCUCGACAAGCCAGAAAAUUAGGGAUCUACGUACUCUCCACGCUAAAGUCAAGUCACAGAAGGAAACUCUGGAAAAGGGAGGAAGUCGAAUACGGGACGACUUGUCGCUUCGUGGGUCGGAGAACAUUCGAUUUUUUACCUAUGUUACGGUGGUCUUCCUACCCCUUGGCUUCGCUUCGAGCAUCUUGAGCAUGAACGCGGUUCCGGCACCAGACCUAGUCAAAAGUCUGGUAAUAUAUGCCGUCACUGCAUUUUCCAUCACGGUCUCUAUCCUAUUCAACGCAAAGACACUGGCGGGCGUUGUGCGGAGUGUGGUGGAUCUCGUCCAACGGUAUUCGGAAUCGAAAAUGAGACAAAGUGUGCUUAUCGUAGGAGCCAAGAAGGAGUCGAAAGACGACGAGGAAACCCAACCCCAACCAAGAAAUUCGUCACCUAUUAGACACCGAGGCGUCUAUGCGAAGUACUACGACAAGGGCCUCGGAAUUGUCCGUCUCUCAAGAUUCUGGUUCCUUGUGGUAUAUGUUGUUCUCGAGCUGCCAGCUCGGAGAGUGGACAUUGCUUGCGGUGUUUUAAGUCGAGGCACCUUUUCGUUGCCCGAAUGUAGAAACCUGGUCCUAGGAGUGUUUUGUUUCCCCCUUUUCGCCCUUGCUUGGCUAGCUCUACUAGCCGUUUACAAUGCAAUGGACGUGAUCAGGCUUGUAUUUGACCUGGGUGGAUGGCUUAUUUCAGCCCUAUCAAAUGACGAAGCGGGAGGGAAGAGCUACAUGAGGUGGCUUAUACUACCCUUCGGGGGUUUACGGCCAAUGAAAAAUCUCGGUUCGCAAUUGAAGGAAAAAUGGGAAUCGAAAAAGACAAAGAACGACGAGCCGAAAGAGAACAACGAGCCGAAAGAGAACAACGGAGUCGAGAAUACCGGCGCCGGCGCAAGCCAUAGCCUCUCGUCGAUCCCCCCUGCGGAGCUCAAUACUGCCCGUUACGACCCACUGAUACGCGCAGUCACUUUACCUGCCGAUAUAAAUGGGACACAUCGACCUGGAUCGGCUGCCACUAGAGGAUCAAAACCCGUACUCAUUCGGGCACUGACUUGAGCUUGAAUUAAAACUCAACUAGGAUAAGUCGAAACCAAGCCGAGGCCAGCGGUCGAAACUAAGAGUUGCAGCUUCUCCUGCACAGGUGGAAAGUAGAG